AUGAUGUUGGCUUUGGAUCUCAUUGAAUUCGACCCAUUGUACACGAAAGUUUUUGAGCUCGUCUUUGGCGGAAUCCUUAUAUGCGAUACUAUCCAUUGCGCAAAGGAAGUAGUCUACGACAGCCAGGUGAAGUUACGCGCUGUGACAGCUCGCGGAGACGAUUUGAAGCCGACAGGAACUAUGAGCGGAGGUGCUCCGGACCGACGAGGACCGAUUCUAUUGGACCUUAUCGACUAUACCACAUUCAAGUCGGAAAUUGCCUGGAAGGAGGCUGAAAUGGCAAAGCUUGGAAAAGAGGUAUCGAAAUACGAUAAAGUUCGUGGAAGAUACUCUGAACUGAAGGACAGACUAGAACGAGCGUCAGCUCGACUCGAAGCGCUACGAGAGUCCUUCAAGGAUGGCCCCCUGCAGCAAUUGAGCGACGAAAUCAAAGUGCUCGAAAAG